GUUAAAAAUAUCAACUUGUAAAUAAGAAAGAUGGCCGAGCGGAAUUUUAAAUAGCGACGUGUUUCAUCCUUACUGCAGCUGUUUAGUUGGGCAAUAAGAAAUGAAUAUAGUGCCACAUGCGACAGUAAGUUUUGAUUAUUUAUUAGGAAAAUACAUCGUAAUUUACUAAUUACUGUAACAUAUUUAUUUAUCAUUAUCAUGCAGAUGAUGUCGCAACCAAAAGCCAUGAAAUGCGUAGUUGUCGGCGAUGGAACAGUGGGAAAAACAUGCAUGUUAAUAUCGUAUACUACUGAUAGUUUUCCGGGAGAGUAUGUUCCUACUGUAUUUGAUAACUAUACAGCAUCUCUAAUGGUUGAUGGAAUAUCUGUAAAUUUAGGUCUUUGGGAUACAGCAGGACAAGAAGAUUAUGACAGAUUAAGACCUUUAUCAUAUCCACAAACCGACAUCUUCCUUAUCUGCUUUAGCGUUGUCAGUCCACCGUCUUUCGAUAAUGUUACGACCAAAUGGUGCAAAGAAAUUAGGCACCAUUGUCCAGACGCACCAGUCGUUUUGGUUGGCACAAAAAUAGAUUUGAGGGAAGAUAAAGGAACAUUAUCGGAAUUAUCUUCGCAAAACCUGCAGCCAAUAAAAAGGGAACAGGGCGUUAAACUAGCUUCGAAAAUUCGGGCUGUAAAGUACAUGGAAUGUUCAGCAUUAACGCAAAGAGGACUGAAACAAGUAUUCGAAGAAGCGGUUAGAGCUGUAUUAUCACCUCAGCCGCAAAUUAAACAGCAAAGAAAAUGUACAUUACUCUAG